AGCGCCCGCCGCCACAGGUCCUGUCCGACCCCCACCUCCUUUUCGCUCCCCGCCCCUCUCCCCUCGCUCCCAACUCCUCCCCCACAGCCUCUCCCUCCCUCCUCCCUCUGCUCCGUUCCCUCCUCUCCGCUCUUACCCGCGCGCCGGGUCGGGAGCUAGUUGGAGCGCGGGGGCUGCUGCCAGAGCCCAGCUCCGCGGAGCCGGGCGGGUCGGCCGCGCGUCCAGCGGCUGCGGGAGGAACCGAGCCUAGCGGGCGCGGGCCCGGGUCGGGACUGCACGGGAGCGCCGAGCGGAGGGCCGGGGGCCGCUGCUGCGCGGCCGCCCCAUUCCCAGACGCGUCGCCGGCCCUUCUGGUUUGCCGCCUCCGCUCAGUGCCGCCGAGAGCCGGGAGCCGCCGGGAACCGGGCACCUGCGCCUGCAGCCCGGAGGAAAGGAAGCACACGACCGGCUGGUGUUUGGGAUGCCGAGGGGUGCCUGCGGCCCCGCGCCCCACCUCCCCCGCUGGCCUGUGAACAUUCAGCUGCUCGCUUCCCCAGCUGAGACUUCCCCAGCCUGCCUAGGACUACAGAGGGCCCCACCAUGGUGUUCCCGGGACCCCUGGCUGUCACCCUGUUGCCACCCAGCCUCACACUGCUAGUGUUCCACCUCUCCAGCUCCCAGGAUGUCACCAGUGACCCCAGCAGUGAGCAGCUGUGCACCUUGAGGGAACACCCCAUCGUGGCCUUUGCAGAUCUGAAGCCAUGGAUCUCUAACUUCACCUACCCUGGAGCCCGAGAUUUCUCCCAGCUCGCUCUGGAUCCCUCCAGGAACCAGCUCAUCGUGGGAGCCAGGAACUACCUCUUCCGACUCAGCCUUGCCAAUGUCUCCCUCCUCCAGGCCACAGAGUGGGCCUCCAACGAGGACACGCGCCGCUCCUGCCAAAGCAAAGGGAAGACUGAGGAGGAGUGUCAGAACUAUGUGCGAGUCCUCAUUGUCGCUGGCCGGAAAGUGUUCAUGUGCGGGACCAAUGCCUUCUCCCCGGUGUGCUCCAGUAGACAGGUGGGGAACCUCAGCCGGACUAUGGAGAAGAUCAAUGGCGUGGCCCGCUGCCCCUACGAUCCGCGCCACAACUCCACAGCUGUCAUCUCCUCCCAGGGAGAGCUCUACGCGGCCACGGUCAUCGACUUCUCGGGUCGGGACCCCGCCAUCUAUCGCAGCCUGGGCAGUGGGCCACCGCUCCGCACUGCCCAGUAUAACUCCAAGUGGCUCAAUGAGCCAAACUUCGUGGCAGCCUAUGACAUCGGGCUGUUUGCGUACUUCUUCCUGCGGGAGAACGCAGUGGAGCAUGACUGCGGGCGCACCGUGUACUCCCGGGUGGCCCGCGUGUGCAAGAACGACGUGGGGGGCCGCUUCCUGCUGGAGGACACGUGGACCACGUUCAUGAAGGCCCGGCUCAACUGCUCCCGCCCGGGCGAGGUCCCCUUCUACUACAACGAGCUGCAGAGUGCCUUCCACCUGCCCGAGCAGGACCUCAUCUACGGGGUCUUCACCACCAACAUAAACAGCAUUGCCGCUUCUGCCGUCUGCGCCUUCAACCUCAGUGCCAUCUCCCAGGCUUUCAAUGGCCCGUUUCGCUACCAGGAGAACCCCAGGGCUGCCUGGCUUCCCAUCGCCAACCCCCUGCCCAAUUUCCAGUGUGGCACCCUGCCGGAGGUGGGCCCCAACGAGAACCUGACGGAGCGCAGCCUGCAGGACGCCCAGCGCCUGUUCCUGAUGAGCGAGGCCGUGCAGCCGGUGACACCGGAGCCCUGUGUCACCCAGGACAGCGUGCGCUUCUCACACCUCGUGGUGGACCUUGUGCAGGCCAAAGACACGCUCUACCACGUGCUCUACAUCGGCACGGAGUCGGGCACCAUCCUGAAGGCACUGUCCACGACGAGCCGCAGCCUCCGCGGCUGCUACCUGGAGGAGCUGCACGUGCUGCCCCCCGGGCGCCGCGAACCCCUGCGCAGCCUGCGCAUCCUGCACAGCGCGCGCGCGCUCUUCGUGGGGCUGAGCGACAGCGUGCUGCGGGUCCCGCUGGAGCGCUGCGCCGCCUACCGCAGCCAGGGGGCAUGCCUGGGGGCGCGGGACCCAUACUGCGGCUGGGACGGGAAGCAGCAACGUUGCAGCACGCUCGAGGACAGCUCCAACAUGAGCCUCUGGACCCAGAACAUCACAGCGUGUCCUGUGCGGAACGUGACUCGGGAUGGGGGCUUCGGCCAGUGGUCACCAUGGCAACCAUGUGAGCACUUAGAUGGGGACAACUCUGGCUCUUGCCUGUGUCGGGCCCGAGCCUGCGACUCCCCCCAACCCCGCUGUGGGGGCCGCAACUGCCUGGGGCCUGCCAUCCACAUCGCCAACUGCUCCAGGAAUGGGGCGUGGACCCCGUGGUCGUCGUGGGCCCUGUGCAGCACGUCGUGCGGCAUUGGAUUCCAGGUCCGCCAGCGAAGUUGCAGCAACCCUGCUCCCCGCCAUGGUGGCCGCAUCUGCGUGGGCAAGAGCCGGGAGGAGCGGUUCUGCAACGAAAAUACGCCUUGCCCGGUGCCUAUCUUCUGGGCCUCCUGGGGCUCCUGGAGCAAGUGCAGCAGCAACUGCGGGGGUGGCGUGCAGUCGCGGCGGCGGUCCUGCGAGAACGGCGACUCCUGCCCGGGCUGCGGCGUGGAGUUCAAGACGUGCAACCCCGAGGGCUGCCCCGAAGUGCGGCGCAACACGCCCUGGACGCCGUGGCUGCCGGUGAACGUGACCCAGGGCGGCGCGCGACAGGAGCAGCGCUUCCGCUUCACGUGCCGCGCGCCCCUGCCCGACCCCCACGGUCUGCAGUUCGGCAGGAGGAGGACAGAGACCAGGACCUGCCCCGCCGACGGCUCGGGAGCCUGCGACACCGACGCCCUGGUGGAGGAUCUCCUGCGCAGCGGGGGCACCACCCCGCACACGGUGAGCGGGGGCUGGGCCGCCUGGGGCCCGUGGUCGUCCUGCUCCCGGGACUGCGAGCUGGGCUUCCGCGUCCGCAAGAGAACCUGCACGAACCCGGAGCCCCGAAAUGGGGGCCUGCCCUGCGUGGGCGAUGCCGCAGAGUACCAGGACUGCAACCCCCAGGCUUGUCCAGUGCGGGGCGCCUGGUCCUGCUGGACCUCAUGGUCCCCAUGCUCAGCCUCCUGCGGUGGUGGCCACUAUCAACGCACACGUUCCUGCACCAACCCCACACCCUCCCCAGGCGAGGACAUCUGUCUCGGGCUGCACACGGAGGAGGCACUGUGUGCCACACAGGCCUGCCCAGAAGGCUGGUCGCUGUGGUCUGAGUGGAGCACGUGCACUGAGGACGGAGCCCAAAGCCGCAGCCGGCGCUGUGAGGAGCUGGUCCUAGGGCCCAGCACCUGUGCUGGAAACAGCAGCCAGAGCCGCCCCUGCCCCUACAGCGAGAUUCCCGUGAUCCUGCCUGCCUCCAGUGUGGAGGAGACCACUGGCUGUGGAGGGUUCAAUGUCAUCCACCUGGUGGCCACAGGUGUCUCCUGCUUCCUGGGCUCUGGGCUUCUGACCUUGGCAGUGUACCUGUCCUGCCAGCACUGCCAGCGCCAGACCCAGGAGUCCACACUGGUCCAUCCCGCCACCCCCAACCACCUGCACUACAAGGGUGGGGGCACCCCCAAGAACGAGAAGUACACACCCAUGGAGUUCAAGACUCUGAACAAGAAUAACCUGAUCCCCGACGACAGAGCCAACUUCUACCCAUUGCAGCAGACCAAUGUGUACACGACCACCUACCACCCCAGCCCGCUGAACAAGCACAGCUUCCGGCCCGAGGCCUCACCUGGACAACGGCCAAGAACUUGCUGCCUUGCUUGGUGGGGGCCCAUCUGGCUUCAGAGAGCUCUGGCUGGCGGUGACCAUGGGGGAGAUGACUGGCUUCAGGCUGGCACAUGGCUGCAGUUCCAGCUCAACCCAGGUCUCUCAUGGCCUCCUGGUGACCCACCGUCGUGCUGCUCUCCCCUGCCAUGUCUGCGCUGUGGACCUAUGGGGCAUGUGAGGAAUUGGAGAGUGGAGAUGGCAGGGGCAGGCUCAUAGGUUUGGGUUGGAAAUGAUGGCCUGUGUGGCCAUCACGGGCCAACUCUGCCCCUCUCUGGCUGGCCCCAGGAAGGGCCUGAGAUCCAUCCUGAUUAUCUCUGAAAGAAACUAAUCAGAUGGCCCUGGUAGCUCUGGAUUCUCUGCCCAGGGAUGGGCCAUCGUGGUGUUGCCCCAGUGUGACAUGGGGAUCAAGGCUGGCCCAGGCUGUCCACCUUUGCUUAGCAGUCUGUACUUUGCCCAUGGACAUCCCUCUGGUCAGAGGCAGUGAGGACUUGGGACUGGACACUGAUCUUUGCUGAGAAGCCCUUUAAUCUGGGCUGGCACAGGCCUCAGCCUUGCCCUCAGAAUGCACGAAAGAUGGCCCAGGAGAAAGGGAGGCAGGCGUCCAGCCUCCGUGCCACUAUGGAGACUGUCUUCCAGUUGCUGCUCAACAGAGCUGUUGGCUGAGACCUGCUUGGGAGUCUUUGCUGGCCCCUCAUCUGUUCAGGAACACACACACACACAGUCACAACCUGCUACAGCAACAAAAAGGAUGUUGGGCUGUGGCAUUAUUAUUAAAGACGAUAUCCAGUCUCCAAAUGUAAUUUUGUCUGCGUGCGUAUGUGUGUGGGCUCCUCUUGGCAUGGUCUUGUCAAUCAGAGCAAUGCACUUGGUUGACAGAUGGUCUUCUCAGGAUGGAGGAAAUUACCCAAGUGGAGUUUGACUUUAAUAGUGGAUAUCUUUCGAUUUGUGAGUAUAUUUGCACACACAUCUUGCCCUAAACUUUUGGAAAAGAGAUCAGGGAUAAAUAAAUUCAUAAGUAGGAACACAAGGUACACCAAGGGUAACACGACACGGGAGAUUUCUGCCUGUUCCCUUGGCAGUUCUUCCAGGCAACAGUUCCAGAGCAGAAAUGUGUGUGUCCAGCAAAGGGGCAUUCAUGAGGGUUAUUUUAAGAGGUAUUUAAAAUACAGAGUUUAAUAAAAGCAAAACUGACUGAGAAAUGAGUAAACCUGUGAGGUGGGGGAAGCCCACUGUAAUUUUUGCUGGAUUAAA